AUGAAAAAUAUAAAGAAUAAGAACAUUUUAAAUAAAAAUUAUAAUAAUAACAAUGAUAUUAAUAAUUUAAAUUUAGAAAAUUUAAAGUUACAGCUUUUUAAAGAAUACAACAAAAAAAAACCAAUAAAAGAAAACUUAUAUGAAUUAUCAAAUAAAAAUAAAAAAUAUAAGAAUUAUAAAAAUAAGGAAAUUAAUAUAAAUACCAAUAUUAAAUUGAAUAAUAAAAAUUAUAUGAAAACAAAAAAUAAUAUACCAUUUAAUGUAAGUUCUACAUCAAAUAUAAACAAUAACUUUUAUAAAGAUUGUAGUGCUCCUUAUUAUAAUCAGAAAAAGAAUGAAAAUUAUGAAAAAAGAGAAUGCUUUACUAAAUAUGAAAAUUCUGAAAACCAAGAAAUAAAUGAUUUAGAAAAUGAAGUAAUUGAUUUUAAGAAUGUUUUAAUUUAUAGACAUAUAGAUAAUGAUAGUUUUCAUUUAAACAAAAAUCAUUAUAAUGAAUAUGAAAAUAAUGAAUUUAAUGAUAACCUUGAAAAUUCACUAGAGGAUACAUUUUUUGAUAUUCAUACGCAAAAUGAAAUUGAGAAAAAUCAUGUUAAUUUGAAUAGUAAUAUUGAUAAAAAUAAUAAUACUACCUAUAAAAAUUUUAAAAAUGAUGAAAAUAAUGAAAAGCAACUGUUAUUAGAUCAUAUAAAAAGAUUAGAAUAUCAGAACAAUAUAUUUCUUAAUAAUCUACUAAACAUGUAUUAUGUAUGUGUUGAUUACAUGAAAAUGCAAGAUGAGAAAAUUAAAAAAAAAGAUGAAAUAAUUCUUUUUCAAAAUAAAAUUAUAAACAAUUUAAGAAAAAGAGAAAAAUUAGAUGAUACAAAUAUAUAUAACAAUUUAGAUUGUAACUACAAAUGA